AUGGAAGAUAAAAUAUCUCACAUUGUUUAUGAGCAAAUUAAAAAUGAUCCACCAAAUAAUCGACGUAUUUUAUCAAUUCAAAGUCAUGUGAUACAUGGAUAUGCUGGCAACAAAUGUAGUGUAUUUCCGAUGCAGUUACAUGGUUAUGAAGUGGAUCCAAUAAAUUCGGUACAAUUUUCCAACCAUUCAGGAUAUAAACUGAUGAGAGGUCAAAUAUUGGAUGGCAUACAACUGAACGAUAUUUAUGAAGGCUUAAAACUGAACAAAAUUAACAACUAUUCACACGUUUUAACAGGAUAUUGUAAGGAUUCGUCAUUUUUGUAUGAAGUUGUUAAUAUAGUCAAAGAUUUGAAGCAAAAGAAUCCAAAUAUUCUUUUCUAUUGUGAUCCUGUAUUGGGUGACAAUGGGCAUUAUUAUGUUCCAAAAGAGUUGAUGCCAAUUUAUCGUGAUGUUGUAAUACCAUUGGCUGAUGUGAUCACACCAAACAUUUUUGAAUUGUCUGAACUCUCUGGUUUAUCGAUAAAUAAUGAGAAUGAAUGCCUGAAAGCAAUUGAUCUGAUGCAUAAAUCUGGUGUUAAAACAGUGGUUGUUUCAAGCGGUUCUGGUGAACAAGCUUUGAAAUAUCGUUUUGAUAUACCGUCAUUACCGGGAAUGUUCGUAGGUACAGGUGAUGUUUUCAUCAGCCUUCUUGUUGUUUGGAUGGAUAAAUUGAACGAUAAUAUUACAGCGGCUAUUCAAAAUGUUAUUGGUACUUUACAGAGUAUACUACGACGAACUCUAAAUAAAGCAUACCAUCAGAGAGAUCCUAAAGAAUAUACUCCAACAUCGGAGGAAUUGGAGCUACAGCUGGUACAAAGUCGUUUAGAUAUACUUGCUCCACAAAUUACAAUUAAGUCAACGAGACUUCAAUAG